CAUGAAGGCACCUCAACCAAAGGCGUGAGAGGAGUCAAAGAGAGAGGGACAUCAAAUGUAGACAGACGACUGGAAGCUAAUGAUGAUGGAGAACAGCCACACCUGUCAACCACAAGCCCACCUGUCAAGAGGCCAACGAAGACUGCAACUAAAAGACAUGAUGAUGAUGGGAGUUAUGAUGAUGGGGAUGGAGAGGUGCGACAACAGACCGCCAGAAGACCACCUAUUAAGAGACAAAAGAAGACUGCAGCUAAAGGACAGGAUGAUGGGAGUGAUGAUGAUGGAGAUGGAGAACAGCCACACCUGUCAACCACAAGCUCACCUGUCAAGAGGCCAAAGAAGACUGCAACUAAAAGAAGGCAUGAUGAGAGUGAUGAUGAGAGUGAUGAUGAGAGUGAUGAUGAUGGGUGUGGAGAGAAGCGACCCUCGACCGCAACAAGACCACCUGUUGAGCGGAGAAAGAAGACUAAACGAAACUAUGAUGAAGAUUAUGAUUGGGCUUUCUCAGAUGGAGAGGAGCUACACAUCACAACACCCCCUGUUGAGGGGCGAAAGAAGACUGCAACUAACAGAGGACGUAAUGAUGAUGAUGCUCCAAAAACACAAUUAAAGAGACCCUGGACUGACCAGGAGAGGACUGCAGUCGGGCGAAGCAUGGCAAAGUUCAUCUCGCUAAGGAGGGUGCCAGCAA